UCUCAUUUCUCUCUCUCUCUCUCUCUCUCCCCACGUGCUCUUGUGCACCCCAUAGAUUGUAAGCUAAGCGAAGUGCGAACUCGUUAAAUUUUUACGUAAGCAAUUUUUCUUCGUUACUGUGAAAACACGAAUAUUCAAGAUGAAUCGUUUUAUGAAAAUUCUCAAGAGUAAAGAAACCCGCGAUUAUUUUUUGAGCACACACUUUUGGGGUCCUGUUGCCAAUUGGGCGAUACCGAUUGCUGCCAUUUCCGAUAUCCAGAGGGAUCCCAAGUAUAUUAGUGGUAAAAUGACCUUUGCCUUAUGCUUAUAUUCAGCAAUGUUUAUGAGAUUUGCAAUCAAGGUGCAGCCACGCAACAUGCUUCUGUUUGCCUGCCACUUUGUCAAUGAAGGUGCACAGAUUACUCAAGGUUGUAGAUUUAUUAAGCAUCAUUAUUUUAGUAAAAAGGAGCAGUAAAUCGAAAGAUAUAUGUAAUAUUGAUUUUACCAAAGGGUUUUAUAUUGAUAUAUAUAAAAAUCAUAUUAUAUAAAAUACAUAUUUGUUAAACAUAUAAGUAUAAUAUAUAUAAGCAAAAAUUGUCUUUUGAGGAAUAUAUCACGAACUAAUAAAGUUAAUGUGUUAUCAA